CGAGGGAGGGCGCGGGGCCAGGGCGGCGGGGAGAAGCGUUGAGAGGGUCCCGGGAAGGCAAGACUUAAGAGAGGAAGAGAAGGAAAAAAGGGAGGCGCAUGAAGGCACGGAGGGGGAAGAAAGGCGAGCGCAGAGAAGAAAAGGUAAAUGCCUCAGGAGAAGAUACCUAGGCUGAAUGAGAUCAAAAUUCGUGACUUAUCACCAUAAGCCUGUGACAGGGAACCAAACCCCUCUAGUCUGAGGCUGGAACACUGACAUACACUUGAUAUAAGAGGAAGUCUGAACUGAUUGUUCAAUAUUCAACAGUGAGGAAAACAGGAAACAAUGAGAAACAAAAGCACCCUCUAGGUUUGAGCUACAGGACCAUCUGCUCUGGCAGGCCAUGUCAGUCAUAAGCAAAGUCCUGCUUUCCUGCCUCUGACGCAGGGAACUAAGGCUCUGAAUGAAACCUGUUGGAAGUUCCAAUUAAAUCAUUGUGGACAAAGGGCACACAUGACAUCCUCAGAUAACAGGUGGCAAUAAAUCCAUCAGCACAACCACUCAGAGAACAGAGUCCCUGCUAUACCGCUAACAGCUGCCAAUAUCUGAGUACCUCACACAAGAUGGGCUCUAAGGAUUUCUCCUUUCUUCUAUAAAGGCUGCAGAAGACCUAUAGCUGUAACAGGACCUUUCAUAAGAAACUGGAGAAGACGCCCCCACCCCAGCUGUCACCAUGCUCAGGAGGUUUUUGGACACUCCUCAGCACUUGCUAAAGGAGGGGAGAAAGUCACGGAAGCUGGUACUGGUGGUGGUGUUUGUUGCUCUGCUCCUGGACAACAUGCUGCUAACUGUAGUGGUGCCCAUCGUACCCAACUUCCUAUAUGCCACAGAGUUCAAAGAAAUCAAUGCUCCUCUGUACCUUGGCCCCACCACAAUUUCUCAGCAUGUCCUUACUUCUGCCUUUUCCACCAUCUUCUCCUUCUUUGAUAACAACACCAUGACUGUUGAAGAAAGUGCACCCAGUGGCACAACAUGGACAGAUGACAAUUCUGGCACCAUCCCCCCUCCAGUCACUGCAGCCAUCCCAGUACAACAAAACAACUGCUUCCAAGGCACAAAGUUCUUGGAGGAAGAGAACGUACGGGUUGGUGUUCUGUUUGCUUCAAAGGCUCUGAUGCAACUUCUGGUCAACCCGUUUGUGGGACCUCUCACCAACAGGAUUGGAUAUCAUAUCCCCAUGUUUGCUGGCUUUGUUAUCCUCUUUCUCUCCACAGUUAUGUUUGCUUUUUCUGGUACCUAUACCCUACUGUUUGUGGCCCGAACCCUUCAAGGCAUUGGAUCCUCAUUUUCAUCUGUUGCAGGUCUUGGGAUGCUGGCAAGUGUCUACACUGAUGACUAUGAGAGAGGGCGUGCCAUGGGAAUCGCCUUGGGGGGCCUGGCUUUGGGAGUCCUGGUGGGAGCUCCUUUUGGAAGUGUGAUGUAUGUGUUUGUUGGGAGGUCUUCACCGUUCCUCAUAUUGGCUUUCCUAGCACUACUGGAUGGAGCACUCCAGCUGUGUAUCCUACAGCCUUCCAAAGUCUCUCCUGAGAGUGCCAGGGGGACUCCUCUCCUUACACUUCUCAAAGAUCCUUAUAUCUUGGUGGCUGCAGGCUCCCUUUGCUUUGCUAACAUGGGAGUGGCCAUACUGGAGCCCACACUGCCCAUCUGGAUGAUGCAGACCAUGUGCUCACCCGAAUGGCAGUUAGGUCUAGCUUUCUUGCCCGCCAGUGUGUCCUACCUCAUAGGCACCAACAUCUUUGGUGUAUUGGCCAACAAGAUGGGUCGGUGGCUGUGCUCCCUGAUUGGGAUGAUGGUAGUAGGCACCAGCUUGCUUUGUGUUCCUCUGGCUCACAAUAUAUUUGGUCUCAUUGGCCCCAAUGCAGGGCUUGGCUUUUCCAUAGGCAUGGUUGAUUCUUCUGUGAUGCCCAUCAUGGGACACUUGGUGGAUCUGCGUCACACCUCAGUAUAUGGGAGUGUCUAUGCCAUAGCUGAUGUGGCUUUUUGUAUGGGCUUUGCUAUAGGCCCAUCAACUGGGGGUGCCAUUGUGCAUGCCAUUGGCUUCCCCUGGCUUAUGGUCAUCAUUGGAGUCAUCAACAUCAUCUAUGCUCCUCUCUGCUACUACCUGAGAAGCCCCCCAGCUAAGAAGGAAAAUCUUGCAAUUCUGAGCGAGGACAGCGUCAUGGAGACUCGGAUGUACACAACGCAGAAGCCCAAAAGGAAAUUUCCACUGAGGGAGGACAGCGAAGAGGAGCCUGGCAGUGAGGAGUAGUAGGAGAAGGUGGUCUCUGAGCCUUGUCACAUGUGGAUCCAUGAGCCUUGAACUUCAGUGACCAAAAUGACCACCUCUUUCCCUGAUCACUAAAUCACUAUGGGCUGCUCAAUGGGUUUCACUUCUCUUUCCCCUGAGUAUCUCCUUUCCUCCCUUCCCAUAAAUACCAUUCCUUGAUUCUCUCCUUACCUAUGUAUAGCUCUUCCUCUAAGCUUUGCUGCCUCCGGUGCCCAUCUUUUAUAGGAGAUAGUGAUACUUUUCCUAAGCUGUUGUAAGGCUGAUUAAACUUGAGCUAGUGGGUUCUUCAAGGAGUGACUCAUUCCAUGGAAACAGCAGUGAGUACAAUGUGACCCUGAAACCAGUGGGGUGACCGACAAACCUCAUUUCAUCUGUUGUUUGAUUUUCUUUGGCACACUCCCAACAGACCAUAAAGCUUUUGUUUUCUGUUC